AUGUUGGCGAUUAAGGAUUGUCCCGAGGGGAAACCGCCUUCAAUUACUUACAAAAUUGGGCCUGCUUUGGAAACUGUAUCCAACGGUGAAUUCUCAACCGGUGAAUUCCCAGUAACUAAAUAUUAUGAAGAAGAUGGGUAUUCGUUUUUCAGAUAUACAAUUGAAUUACAAUUGGUUGAAUAUGAACAAAAAGUACAAUACCAUAUUAACAAGCAUUUCAAAAAAUCAUUCCAAUUCUUUAUUCCUAGUGUUGAUGAAAGUAUGAAUGUAAUUUCAUACUCGUGUAAUGGUUUUACUUUAGCUUGUGAUGCAUCAGAUUUCAAAUCUUCACUUUGGUAUGAUGUAUUGGCAAAACAUUCACAACAACAUUAUCAUGUAAUGUUGGGAGGUGGAGAUCAAAUUUAUUCUGAUGCUAUUAAAUUACAUUCUAAAAAGUUACAAGAAUGGACUCAAAUUAAUAAUCCAUUGAAAAAGAGAAACGCUCCCAUUGAUGAUGAAGUAUUAGCAGAGUUUAAAAACUUCUACUUGAAUCAUUAUAUGAAUUGGUUUGGAAAGGGGUUUUGGAAAGGUACUGCGUCUCAAGUUGUUGAAGCCUUGUUUCCAUUGACAAUGUCACAAAUCCCCAUGGUGAACAUCUACGACGAUCAUGAUAUUAUUGAUGGAUUUGGGUCUUAUCAUGAUUCAACUAUGCAAGCACCAAUUUUCUCAACUGUUGGUAAUGUGGCAUACAAAUACUACAUGUUGUUUCAACAUCAUAUGAACCCAGAGGAGAAAUUGCACACAAGUGAUCCUUCAUGGGUGUUGGGUAAAGAAGGUCCCUUUAUUAAGCAAAAGAACCAUUCAGUUUUCAUGAGGUUGGGUAAAGAGGUCAGUUUAUUAGGAUUGGAUUGUCGUACUGAACGGAAAUUGAAGCAAAUUUGUGAUCCCCAAACUUAUAAAAUUAUUUUCAACCGCAUGAACGAAACAUUGAAAGCUAAUGGAGACGUUAAGCAUUUAUAUGUCAUGCUUGGUGUACCCAUUUUCUACCCCAGACUAGUAUGGCUAGAGUGGUUGUUGACUUCAACAGCAAUGGCACCAUUACGUAAAUUAGCCACCAAGGGAGUCAUCAACAAAGGAUUAGUGAAUGAAUUUGAUGGUGAUGUUGAAGUAUUGGAUGAUUUAAAUGACCAUUGGUGUUCGAAGCACCACAAACGUGAACGUAACAAAUUGAUUAAAGAUUUAAUGGAAUUUGGUGCUAAAAAGGGGAUCAGAAUCACUAUAUUAUCCGGAGAUGUUCAUUUGUGUUGUAUUGGGAGAAUGAAGUCCAAAUAUCAUCAUCAUCCCAACGCUCAUAUCUUGCAAGGCACUAAAGAAAUUGAGAAAUUGAAUAAAGAUUUAACUGCACAUCCUGAAAAUGACCCCAGAUUAAUUUUCAAUGUUAUAUCAUCAGCUAUUGUUAAUGCACCUCCACCUGAUGCUAUGGCAACUUUGUUGAACAAACGUAGUGGAAUCCAUCAUUUUAAUCAGGAUACCGAUGAAGAUAUUGUACCUAUUUUUGUCAAGGAUGUUGAUGGGUCACUGAGAGCCAAUCAUCAAUUUUUAAACAAGAGAAAUUGGUCUGAUUUGGUAUUGGCAAAACAAUCGGUUAAAUAUAAGUCAUUGAUUGCAGGAACUGUCGAAGAAGCAGCAGAAGCAGCCGAGGCAGCAGAAGCAGAAGCAGAACCUACAGCUAAUGGUACCCAUGCUGGCUCCUCUUCAGUGUUGAGAAAAUUCCCCCAGCCAGUAUUUGACAAUGAACACGAUACAAAAGAAGGUGAUUUCUUACACAAUCAACAACCAAAUGACCGGUUUAUCAAGUAUCCAUUAUUCGAAGAUUCCGUAGUGACUUCACUUCGAGUUGAAAAAGAUCCUGGUGAUUUGGGUAGUAAAUCAACAGCUUAUGAAGUGAUUAUACCUCCCUUGGUUGGAAGUUAUAAAUUGGGUAGAGUAGCCGUUAAACAUGUUGAUGUGUGA